AUGAUCCUCAAAAUUCAAAUGUCCAGCGGCCCUCAGGGACUCGCAGAUGACUGCGACUCCAACACUAGGAACCUGUCACCUUACGGGCUUUCCCCCCGCAGCCGCAACUGUAAUAAGCUAUAUGGGGGAGGGGAAUCGCUCUCAAACAGUCAUCUCUUCCUCUUCAGGCCGCCAACGCCGACCGCACCACAGUCUCCUCCGCCCAAGCCCUUUCCCCUCCCCCACCCCAGCCUGGGUCGGAGCCAAACCCCACAGGAAUGCAGCCCGGUCACAUGCGCUGCGGCGGCGGUGGACGUGCCUCUCCCCCCGCGCCCCAAGGAGACCCAGCGCCAUCUUGCCCUGACGCAGUUACAAAAGUCAUGGGAGGAAUUUCGUCUCCUCGUCCGCGCCAGCGCCCCAAAGUUUCGCAGAGGCCGAGCCGGGGCCCUCACCUCGCGCAGGGACAGGAGAAAAUACUCAGGGAAGAGCCUUGAGAUUCUCUUCGCCACUGCUUGGGUUCCAUAUCAGCCGCGGCAGCAACGAUCACCAUCGUCACUUCUCCCUCUCUGCCUUUGCAACAGCCUCCCACGACGGCUCUGGCCCCACCCGCUGCUGCAGCAUGAGGUCAUCGCUAGCCAAUCACGACGCGCCCGACAGAACACAUCAGGCACUGAUUGGCUGCACGGACCGCCUCUGCCUCUCCCCACUUCGCUUACCAAGCGCUCCCGGUCUCUGUGGAGCGAGAAGACGGAAACCGCCAUUUCGGGGGAAAGACCCCGAAAACAAGAACAAGAAUCGCCGUGUUAUUUUAGUGGGGAAACCCUUGUUUUAUUCUUUGGCUUCCCCUUUUUUUCUUGGAGAUAACCGUCUCUCUGUCCCUCCCUCGUUUAAUCACCACCACAUAAAGGAACUCCCGCUCCCCACCCCGCACACUGUCCCGCCGGCGGGGAAAUCCUUCCCCUGGGCCAAAAGAAGUAGGAGGCAGCGACGGCAACUGCACCGACGGCAACGGCAGCUUUUUACCCCGAAACACGGUGGCAGGAAAGCGGCGCUGACGGUGGCUGUACUUUUCCUGCUGCUUCUCCCCCCGACCUCUUCCGUUUCUCGCUCCUCCAUCGAGACGGCGCUGGACGCCCCAGCUCCGCUUUUAUCCGGUGCCCGGAGUCUGCGCACUGGAGCCUCUACAGCCCCUAGUGGGCGUCGAGUGACACCCCAACCGAGUUCACCCAGCGCUGGAGGCCAGACUGGGGAGGGGGAGGGGAAGACU